AUGGGUGGAAAUUCGAGAAAAUUUAAAAAGGCAGAAAAGUCUAAAGUAAAACUAAAAGGUGCUAAACUCCCAAAGGGAACCAACAUUACCAAAACAAACUUUAAAGUACGCAAAAUAGUCGUGCCGGAUCAAUUGAAGCAGCGGAAUCUUACGGACGCGACGGUUCUGUCCAGCAAAAAUCUAAGCCUAAAAGAUUGUCUUGCUAAGUUGAGACUCAACAAUGCAUCUUCCAAAAUCGACGGUUUGCGUGGUGUUCGAGAAAUCAUCACGAAAAUGCCCGACGAGCUGCAGCGGAUGCUCAGUUCUGUUAUUAAGGACGUAGCUAGUUUGUCGAUCGAUAUCGAGCACGACGUUCGAAGAGAUUGUUACAAAACGCUGGGUUGCAUUUUAGUUGCCUGUGGACAGGCAUCUAUGGUGCCAUUCUACGAUGUAUUGCUAUCUUUUUUAAGAUGUACAAUGACGCACAUUCAGUCCCGCAUUCAGGAAGAUUCGUUGUUGCUCAUGGAUGUGCUAUUACAGUACCUACCGGAACUCGUAGUAGUGAACAGGGAUAAAAUUUUACCCCAGUUUUUGGAUAUGAUUUCGAAGCUGGGGACGGAGUCAAAACCAGGCCGUACCUUGACCAUCAACUUGGAAAAACAAUCCACAAGUACGAGGUGGCGUGUGAAGGUAUUGUCACGGCUAACGGGUAUAUUGAAAAUUCUCAUCGAGAGCAAAGCAGUUAACGAUAGAGAAAUAGAACUGUCCGAAGAAUCUAACGAAGGCGAAUUAGAAGACAAUCCAUUCGCUUCCAAUUUACCCAAAUACCAACCCGGGACAACAAUCGUACAAAUUCAUCACACCUUCGACCCGUCAGCCCCAAUGUUUCUUCCAGUUUUGAAGCGUCAUCUUUACGCAACAUGUCCAAUAGAUGUACUUUUCCGUAAAGGUGCAGAGACAAACAAAGAUCUUUCACUUGGCGACAGAAUUGACGAUGGCCGUAAACUAAAGAUGUACGUCGAGAUGCUGAUGCCAAUUCUAUUUGACUCCUGGCUUGAAGUACGUCCCGCAGUUACAGGAUCAGAGGAAACACAAGAACACGCCCUUUCGCAAGAGGCUGCGUCUACGUUGGAAUUGCUUAUGGCCAUAUUCAUACAGCAGUGGGAUUUGAUAGUACAGUACUGCACCGAAACGAACAAUGACGACAUGAAACGGUGGUUCCGACAAGAGUACAGUGCCAAAUUUUGCACUCAUAUUCUCAGAGGAUUUCCUUACUACCAAACAGUUGAGGACAAGCCAAAGUCUAAACGAGGCAAAUCUAAUGCUCCAAUCGUCGCUGAUAAACUAGUAGAUGAUCAUUGCUAUAGACACAAUUUCAAUAUUUGCUACUUUUACUGCUGCCUCACUGACCAGACCCGAGGGCGGAAGAAACAAGCCGGAGAAUACGCGAAAGUCGUGGAUUAUAUUAAGCGUUGUGUGUUGAACUGGAAAUUUCGUAGUGCAGAAGUUACGAAUUUGAUGCUGCAAGUGCUGCGUUACAUGCUGCUGGAUACUGAUUGCAUGUCGGUAAAUCAGGAAACUCGCGUACUUUUGCAAACUCUGUUAGAGGUCUACAUAACGGCAAAGCUACCCCAGGAGAUACGAAACCGCAUUUUGGUGUUAUUUUGUGAUAUAAUAGUGCGGAAUGAUUCGCUUUGGCGCAAUUACGGUAAGGAAUUGUUCACUUUGUGGUUGAAAAUGCUUCCUAAUUUAUUGUGCAAGCCGAUAAUUGAUUUAGAAGUGUUGAAGGCACUGCUCUGUCUAGGUCAGCGUGGCAAUGCCCCGUUUUUGGAGGUACUCGAAGGGACCGCAAAGCAAAUAGUAGCGAAUUUGGGUUCGAUUAAAGUAACGAAUGAAGAGACGCCCGGAGAGGGAUUCGUAUUGAUUUGUAAUUUAAUGUUUUACAUUCGUAAUCCUAAUCUGUUAAAUGAGUUACUUACUUGUGAAGUAAAUGGAUUGCAAGUGCCGGCUCAAAAGGAAAGACUGCGUAGCACAUUGCAAAUGAGAUUGGAAAUGUUAUUAUAA